AACGGAAGCUAAUCAUGCUGAGCCUGACCAUGGGACGCCGCGUCAGGCUAGGGAUUUCCUCUCAAGACAAAGCGCAUGGCACUGGAGGUAUCAUGCUGCUAUAAGUGCUACCGAAGGCUUGAGCUCCUUUCUGACUUACAGGUUUUCUUCUCUUACUUCUUUCGCGUCUUGUCAUAGACGUUGAGCUUCUCCAACAUCAUGACUAUCCCCAUCUACAUCGCUGGCGUUGCCGUCUUGGGGUUCUUCUUGUAUAAAUUGCUAUAUGGAACGGACACACCCCAUAUCAAGGGACUGCCAGAAGUCCCUGGUCUUCCUCUCUUCGGAAGCUUGUACGAACUCGGCACGAACCACGCGAAAGUAGCCCAAGGAUGGGCAAAGAAGUACGGCCCCGUCUUCCAGGUGAGGAUGGGAAAUAGGAGGAUCGUAUUUGCGAACUCCUUCGACUCCGUCCGCCAUCUCUGGAUCACGAACCAGUCCGCAAUGAUCUCUAGACCCAUGCUUCACACCUUCCACAAAGUCGUGUCUUCCUCCCAGGGCUUUACCAUUGGUACUUCGCCAUGGGAUGAGUCGUGCAAGAAUCGUCGCAAGGCUGCUGCUACAGCUCUAAACCGCCCUGCCGUACAGUCCUACAUGCCACUCAUAGAUCUAGAGUCUACCGUCUCUAUCAAAGAACUGCUACACGACAGCAAGGGUGGAGAAAUCGAUAUUGAUCCGCGAGCAUACUGGCAAAGAUAUGCUUUGAACACAAGUCUGACACUGAACUAUGGAUACCGGAUAGACGGAAACAAGGACGCACCUCUGCUUCAAGAGAUUGUAGAUGUUGAGCGUGGUGUCGGAAACUUCCGGUCGACGAGCAACAACUGGCAGGACUAUGUGCCACUCUUGAGACUGUUCCCCAGCCAGAGCAAUGAAGCGAUCAGCUUCCGAGAGAGGAGAGAUGUGUACAUGGAUCGACUGCUCAACACCCUGACAGAGAAGAUCGAGAAGGGGACGGAUAAGCCGUGCAUUACCGGCAAUAUCUUGAAAGAUCCAGAAGCGAAGCUGAAUAGAGCCGAGAUCAAGUCCAUCUGCUUGACCAUGGUAUCAGCAGGUCUCGACACCGUCCCAGGUAACCUCAUCAUGGGUAUUGCAUACCUCGCAACUCCGAAAGGUCAGAAGAUCCAGCGACGCGCAUACGAAGAGAUUAUGAAAGUCUAUCCCAACAACGACGCAUGGGAACGCUGUCUCCACGAGGAGAAGAUUCCAUAUAUCACUGCGCUAUAUAAGGAAAUUUUGCGAUACUGGACCGUCAUUCCUAUCUGUUUACCUAGAGUUUCAAUCAAAGAUAUCGAAUGGAACGGCGUCAACAUACCAGCGGGAACAACAUUCUACAUGAACGCAUACGCCGCCGAUUAUGACGCGGAACACUUCAAGGAUCCACAGGAGUUUGACCCGGAGCGCUAUCUGGACGUUCCUGAUGGCGCGGGAACACCACACUACGGAUAUGGCGCUGGCUCGCGCAUGUGCGUUGGUUCGCAUCUCGCCAACCGCGAACUCUUCACUGCGUUCGUAAGGCUGAUAUCGGCUUUCGAGUUCACGCCACCAGUGGACCCGCGGGAUGAGCCUGUCAUGGACUGCUUGGAGGCAAACGCUAUCCCCACCAGUCUGACAAUGGAGCCGAAAUAUUUCAAGGUCGGGUUCAAGCCAAGGAACAGGAAGUUACUGGAUCAGUGGAUCAAGGAGAGUGAAGAGCGAACAAAGGAUUUGAUGUAGACGAGUGUUGAGCACGAUGAUUGCUAUGUAGCUGAAAUGCCUAUAGUAGUCCUGU